AUGUAUGCCUGUAAUUGUUUUGUUGUGAAUGUGACACCUGGAUUCAUAGCAUUACACAUGCAUGUGAUCAUAUUAUUUCUGGAUUGGCAAUUUAUCAUACUGAAGGAACGAUGGUUCCCAGGCAAAAUUUCAACAUCGAUCGGCAAGGGUGUGCUUUCAAGUAUCCAAGCAAAAUUAUUUGACCGACAGAAGCUCAUUAUGAAGGGAACAUGCUUUGCCCAUUUUUUCGACUGUCAUGAAAUUGUGGUACAAUCGCAAUUAAUUCACUACUUCCUCUUGCGGCAGGUCCAACAACCUAAUCCUAAAGAGAUGUGGUUUUUAGUUGCUGGGCGUUAUGUUAGAUUCUUUAUAUCUGAGUUUUGCAUAUUCAUGGGGCUGAGAUGUUCCGGCGAUAGUGACACGGGCAUUUUUGAAAGUAGACAGUCACAACUGAAGAAUAAGUACUUUUCUCAAGUGGAUACCAUGACACAUGAAGACGUGAAGUCCACAUUCAUAUUUGCUUGCCAAAUGCCUGAUCUGGAUCUUGUUGAAACUCUCCCGGAUCAUGAUGUUGCACUCAUUGGUAUCCUGUAUUUCGUUACUGCACACUUAUUUCCUAGAGAUUAUAAGAAAGUGGUUGACCAUUAUUUGUUCACGCUUGUUGAGGACUUCCCUGAGCUGAACAGUUUUCCAUGGGGAAAGUUACUGUUUGAAAUUACUUUGAGUUCUUUGAAAGAUGCAUUGAGUUGA